AUGUCAGGACAAGGACAAUCCUACGAGAAAGAUCCGCGCUGGAGCGCAGUCGAUACCUAUUCACUAGGUCACCUCCACCCCUCAUCACGAACUACGCCCUCAAAUGACGUGCUCAAGCAUGCGCUCUCGAACUCAGAGAAGCAAGGUCUUCCUGACAUCGCCGUGUCGCCUUCGCAAGGCAAAUUCCUCCAGCUGCAGGCGCGCCUAUUGAAGGCGAAGAACGUUCUCGAAGUCGGUACCCUUGGUGGCUAUUCAACCAUUUGGCUUGCGAACGCAAGUUCUGAUGUGAAGGUCAUCAGUAUCGAGGUAGAUGAGCACCAUGCAACGGUUGCGCGGUCGAACAUCGAGCAUGCUGGAGUUGCGGACAGAGUGGAUGUGCGUCUGGGUCCUGGAGUCGAGGUCUUGCCCAAGAUUGUGGACGAGGUUAAGCAGGGAACGCUGGGCAAGUUCCAGCUCGUCUUCAUCGAUGCGGACAAGGAAAACAAUUGGAGCUAUGUCGAUACUGCCCUCGAGCUAUGCGAGCCUGGAGCAUGCAUCAUUGUAGACAACGUUGUGAGGAAAGGGCAGCUGGCGAACGAUACGGACGACCCGAGAAUCGCUGGAGCGCGGCGUGUGGUGGAGAAUGUGGGGAAGGAUGAUAGACUUGAUGGCGUCGUGGUCCAGACAGUCGGAGUCAAGAACUACGAUGGCUUCUUGAUCGCUGUUGUAAGAUGA